CCAACCUUUUCUACCAUAUCCAAGCAACUUUAGCAAACUAGAAAGUAUGGGGAAGUACUUAGUUUUCAUAGCAGCAAUGAUGGUGGCAGUCACCUGCUUAGCUCAGGCCACAAAGUUCACCAUAACCACAACCCUCGACGACGACAAUGAGGAGGUCUCGAUGAUCAACCAAAGUGGGCGGGGACAACAAGAGUGCCAGAGCCAAAUCCGGCAACAAAUGAGGCAGAUUCGGAACUGCCAGCGCUACUUGGAUAUCAGAAGCCAGCAGCAGCAGGGGGGUGAUGAUGAAAUGAAGAUUGAAGUGUACGCGGGAGUGGACCAGGCCCCGAGGCUGCCGUGGCAGGAGUACCAGAGGCGGUGCUGCAACGUGAUUCAGAACAUGCCGGAGCAGUGCCGGUGCGAGGCGGUGAGGAUGGGGCUGAGGAUGCAGGCCAGGCAGGAACAGGGAGGCUGGCAGAGUCAGCGGAUGGAUCAGAUGAGGCAGCUGGCUAGUUCCCUUCCCCAGGAGUGCAAUGUGGGACAACAGCAAUGCCGAGUUUAAAACUACUUAUUAAUUAACAAUGUUGGAUUGAUUAAGCAAAUUAAUCAAUCUUUGUGUAUUUUGUUGCUUUUCAAGCUCUAAAUAAAUUUAAAAAUGCGGCUAGCCUGGCUUGAUGUAUAACGCAACUGAUGUGUGUACUUAUCAUGUAUGGAUGCGUAAUUAAUGAAUGGAAUUUGUGUUCUGAUAAAUUU